AUUUUUCACGCUCUCCGAAGGAGACAUGCCUGCCGGAACAGGGGCUACAGCAAUGACAUCUCCUCGGACCACAGAGGAUGCUAUAACAGAGGCGAGGGCUUGCCCAACAUCCAGGGACACGGCUCCUUCUUCUGUGGUGGAGAAGGCUCAGUCAUCUACAGCCGGGGAGCUUCAUCCUGCCAGCCCAUGCCAACAUCGUCCACCUAUGACAUUGCAGGGUCGUACAGAUGUGGUGGGGAGGGAUCUGUUGUAAUAAGCAGCGGUGACAGCGAGGGCACGUCUGGCUGGGGCAUUGCAGGGGGCACAGUCCCAGUCUACGGCAGUGAGGGGGCAAUGGGGCGCGGCAGUGAGGGGGCAAUAGGGCGCGGCGGUGAGGACUCAGGCUGGAACAUCACUGGCAGCUCGGGGGGUGGUGGAGGAUCCAGCUGCCACAGUGGGAGAUUGGGCAUUGCUGCUGGAGGAGGCUCUGGAUACGGGUACGAUGCAUCACCAAGAGAAAAGAUCUUAACAACAAGUGGGGGCAGUGGUGGAUCAGGGUACUAUAGCGGAGCAUCAGGACAUGGAAUCUGGGAACACUCAGGCCCAGAGUUCAGCUCUGGAGGCGGUGGGUCCUCCCAGGCCAUGCAGCAGAAAUGCCCCGUGGUCGUUCCCAACAUUGAGCCCAACCAGAGCAAGCAGAGCAGCCAGUGGCCCCCCAGCCAGAAGAAAUGA